AUUUCUUUCCCCUCUUUUUCCUCUACAAUUACGAUUGUUGACUAUAUGGAUUAUGUGAUCAAGGCAAUUGAAGCGAUACAAAAGGAAGAAUGUAUCGUGGCCAGAAAGAUCAUUUCAUCCUUGCCUAAGAAACUGAAAAGAGAUCUACCUACCAAACUCUCUUUUGAACAACAACGCACUUUGUUAUUCUUCACCAUCGAUCGACUUCCCAGUAGUGUUGACAAUAAAGAUAAUGUGUGUACGACAGUGGCAUCUUUAUUUGACCAAAGUUUGGCAAGAUAUAUCUACAAUCAUAUUCAUAUUGUCGUUCCUUAUGCUUUACAAUUGCCCAUCCCAAGCAUACACAUCGACAAUAACAACAACAACAGUAACAAAGAUACAGUACCAACAGUGACAACAAAUAUACCGGAAAACAUAUUGAUGAAUGCCAUUGCCAGUACUUUAUUCACCACCACGGAAAAGUUGUAUCAGGAUUAUGGUUAUUUAGCCAUUGUUUAUUGUCUUUUGUUACCAGUCUCUACACCUACUAGUCAACGUCUUUUAUUAUUGGAACAUACUUUCAACUCACUACGCGCUUAUAUACAGCGAGAUCACGAAACGCGAACAGAAAACGACAAUUUAUCAUUAGACGAUCUACCAAAACGAUUGAUGGAAAGUCAUGUUACUCGUAUUACCGCUUUGCUCUCUGUUGAACUUUAUCAACCCAACAAUGAACAUGUGAUAGAUGGUUUGAAUAAGGUCAAGGAUUGGUCUGGACAUCAUACAAAAUCAUUGGCUGAUUAUCUAGAAUUCUAUAUGCUUGGUAUUCUUAGUCAUAUCAACCAAAUCUUAUCGCAACCACUUCCUUCUUCCGAUCAAAAAAAUGCUCUACUUUCUUUGGUGGUUAUUUUGGAUACUAUUGGUCCUGGAGCAUCGAAAUUCAUUCCUCAGGUCCUAUCCACGGCUCAAAUGGAUCAACAUACCUGUUAUCAUUCAGAUGGAGAUGGCAAUGCAUACUACUUGCUAUGGAAUAGAUUACUCUCUCUUUCGUGUAUGGACGGGAAAUCUCCUUUGUUCAGCAAUGUGAUACGUGGUAUGGCUCAUAUUCUUCCAUUGUGCGAUCAUGAAACAAAACUGAAAAUUACCAACGAUCUGACACAUGCUAUCAAAUCACUUUUUGUUCAAUCUGAUAAUACUAAUAAUAAUCCAUCGAUCUUGGAUGACCUUCCUGACUUGCCCGAUUAUCAAGAACUAGAACCUUUACGACAAUGGAUUAUGGAAGAAAGAAAUAACAAUGGUAACGACAAUGAUGAAAGUGACACAGUACCAAUGGUCAGUAGUGCAGUGGACUAUUUGGAGAUACAAAAAAAGCAAGAUAUAUUGAAAAGAUUGAUUGUGAAUAUGUCCAUGGACGAAGUCGUACCAUCUUUUGAUUCAUUACAACAAUUGUAUCGGAUUCUCUCGCGCGAUCAACACAUCAUUUACUCUCCUGGAAAUACGAAUCAAAUCCGACCUCUACUUGGUGAAUUAUAUCAAUUACUUUUACGCAUUAUUCAACAGAACUCGUAUCGUCAAGAUCUAUGUGGACUAGCUGCUGCCUGUUUAGGACUUAUUGGUGCCAUUGAUCCAAGUCGACUUUUAUCUGCAACACAGCGAAAAGAAUUGAUGAUUAAAAUCAAGACAGAAGAAUGUCAAAACAACAACAAUGAUGAUGAUGAUGGGAAUAAUAUUAGGAUCCAAUCUCAACUGUAUGAUAGAGACAUGAUUGUGUUGGAAAACUAUUCGAAAUUAGGGGAAAAUCAGGCAUUUGUCAUGCAUCUGAUAUUACACUACUUUUUACCUACACUCCAAGCACCUCGAUCUGUAGGAUCAUCUAACCAAUCAACAUCAUCUGUAUCAAUAUCAGCAUCUUCAUCAUCGACAACACAUAAAAUGGAUGAAAUGAUUCAAAAAUCAAGUCAAUAUGCUAUUCAACAAUUACUUCGAGCAGUGGCCAUUACACCCAACACCAUCCAACAAAAGCAAAAUGAAGCAAAUAUCGUGUGGUCAGCAUUAGAUUCUACAGUAAAAAGUUUUCUUUCACCCUUAUUCUAUUCCAACUUUUCCGCCGAUAUUCAAUUCGCUGAACGAUCACUACCAUUGUACGAAGUCGCCAAUGAUUCUUUUGAUGAUUGGUUACGUUAUUUUUAUGGCUUUUUAUAUAGAAAGGUGAUCAUCACUUCAACGAUAUCAACAAACAUUCAACAAACAUCCAACACAAGUUCAGUAAAUGUGGAGACGCAAAUGGUUCGCAUUUUUGAAGCAUGUAUCCCAUCCGUAGAGGCUGGUCAUACUAUUUUGACACAACAUUUGAUUCCUUUUUUGGUGCUUCGUGUCCUUCUUUCUGCUGAUCCUGUUGCAAGAGAUCGACAACAAGUUUUGGAAGAAAUUUUAGGUGUAUUGAAAUGUGAUCAUUUUGGUCCUGAAAUGAAACAACGUUCUCUCAAGAUGGUGGUCUCAAUUACAAAUCAUUGUCAAACGUGGAUCCGACAAAAAAUGCAAGAAAAGAAACAAAAAUUGAAAUAUACAAGUAGUCGUGAAGACAUGGAAAUCAAUACAGUGCGCAAAUUCUUAAAUUGUAUUCCCAAUAGUCUGAUGGCCAAAGCAGCAUUUCGAACUGGAAAUUACCCUCAAGCAUUGAUGCAUAUGGAACUUUUAUAUAGGGAAAAUCAAGAUAAUCUUCCUGCUGAGGAUGUUGAUGAUCUAUGUCAGACUUAUAUGCAUUUAGAAGGUCCUGAAAUCAUGUCGGUGGUGUUGUCAAAGUUCAAUCCUUCGUUUACUCGUACACAAGAAAUUCUUCGGUUUGAAAGUCGUGGAGAAUAUCAAUAUGCCAAACUCUGUUAUGAAAACAUUCUUUUAGAGUCUCCACAAUCAUCAGCAACUUUGUCAACAACGCAGAAAAACAUUCAUUCGCAACAACAGCAAGAGCAACAACAACAAGAAGAUCAACUUUUAUUCAUGGAUCGAUAUUUCAAUUGUUUACGUCAUCUAGGGGAUUAUGAUCGAAUCAUCAAUCACGCAGGCAGUAUUGUAGAUCAACAAGGAGAACAAAACUGUAUGAUGGAACAACAAUCUAUAAUGUUACAACAUGUCAAUGCAUAUCGAGCGGAGGCGGCAUGGAAAUCAUCUAACUGGCAAUUACUUCAUGAAUGUGUCAAACAACCAAUGGAAGAUACAUUUGAUGCAUCGGUAGCGCGUGUGCUGGCUCAUAUGCAAUCCAACAAACAAUUGGCUAUUUAUUUGGAUCUCCAACAUGCAAAGAUGAAUCAAAUUGCCAAGAUCUGUCAAAAUAGUUUUCGGGCCUAUUCACAUUCCUAUGAUGCUGUUUUACGAUUACAGCUUUUACAAGAUUUGGAAACAAUUGUUGAACGCCGAUUUGAAAAUUACAACAACAACAACAAGAAUAAUAAUAACAUAAGUUGUAUGAUUGAUGAUGCAUCUGAUAGUGAUUUCUUGUUGUGGAAAACAAAAUUCUCUCUUGUCAAGCCUUCGUAUCAUACUCAACGACAAUUACUAGAUAUACGGAUUGCCUCCGAGUUUGGGAUUUGGAAAAACAACCAUUGGCAACAGCCAUCCUUGGAUAUCAAGAAAGAGACACCAACGAUAAUGACUCGAACGGAAAGGGAACUAAGGCUUUUGUUAGCGAAAACGGCAAGAAAACAAAAGGAUAUGACAACAGCAUUACAGAUCAUCUAUACCAUCGACCCUGAUAUUGAACCUUUGGCCCUGAUAGAACAAGCAAAAUGGUAUUAUGAAAAAAAGGAUAUCAAGUUAGCGGUUCAGAGAUUACUAGAUCCACGGUUACAAGGUAAUAUCAAGGCCAAAUUUUUAUAUGCUCGUUACUCUGAAAUCGGUCACCGGCGAUCUUCCCCAGAUAGACAAGUUUUAGAAUAUCGUAAGAUUACUAAACUUUAUACUGAAAUCAGGCAAGAAUCACCAACUUGGGAAAAGGCAUUUUAUCUCAGUGGAGCCUUUGAAGAACGCCGUGGUGGAAUAUCUACAAAGGAUCCUCUAUUUUUUAAACGUGCAAAGGGAGCCAUUUCUCUUUAUGCAGAUGCUUUAAAGAUUGGAUCCAGAUAUUAUUACAGCACCAUGCCUCGACUUUUAUCUCUAUGGUUACAAAUAGCAGAAUCCAGACGUGAUAUUAGGGAACAACAACAAACAAAAGAAGUCGAUGAAAACUUAUAUGAAGCCAUUCAUGAUGCUUAUACCAGUGCUAAUCGAUGUAUUUUGAUGUCUGUGGAUAAAAUUCCUCCUUAUUUGUUUGGAUUGACUUUACCGAGAUUGGUAUCAAGAUUGGCUAUUGAAGAUAGAGAAGUGGCGUUGACUUUGGCAAAAAUCAUCCUUUCUGUUUUUUUGGCUUAUCCUCGAACCACCAUUUGGGCAUUACAACUUGCAUUACAUUCAGAUGAUAUCAAUAUGAAAACUCGAUCCUCUUCUAUUCUUCAGCAGGCAGAGAAAAUUCAACCCAAUUCACUGGUGACAAGAGUGAUUCAUCAAACAAGGGAAUUCAUUCGCUAUCUUGAAAUGGUGGCUAAAGAAAAAAAUAUACAACCUACUCCUCAUGGUAAUCUAUCCAAAUAUCAUGGGUUAUUGCAAAUGGAAGAUUUAGAUAUCUGUAUUCCUCAAGAAAUGGCACUCCUUCCUAGUCUUCCUGAAUCUAUCUCUUCCUCCCCAUUGUCAUCCUCUACUGGUAUGCUUUAUGCUCACAAGCACGAACCUUAUCCGACCGACUUACCCACUAUUGUCCGUGUCCUUCCUACAAUGCAAGUAAUGAACUCUUUACAAAAACCAAAACGACUCUCCUUCAAAGGUAGUGAUGGUAAAACGUACGAUUUCUUAUGUAAAGCCAAUGAUGAUUUACGCAAGGAUGCUCGUAUGAUGGAAUUUAGUCAUAUGAUUAAUAAAUUCUUGACCAAGAAUGCUAUCUCUCGUCAACAAAGACUCUAUAUUCGAACAUAUGCAGUGAUUCCUUUAGGUAAGAAAUGGGGUUUGAUCGAAUGGAUCAACAAUCUGAAUUCGUUCAAGGCCAUCGUGUGUGAUUUAUGGAAUGUGAAAGGAACAGAUGGAGCACGACUUUUGGAUCGACUUCGACGUUCGAUCAAGGCACAUCACGACAAAAGCAGUGGCAUGAGCAAUAAUGCGUUGGUGGAAGAAAAGACACGGUUUCUUGUGAAAGAGAUUUAUCCUCAUAGUCCUUUGGUAUUCUACAAAUGGUUUUUGGACAAUUUCCCAGAGCCAGCACAAUGGUUUGCCAGUCGAUCAAGAUAUGUACGCACAUUGGCGGUGAUGUCGAUAGUAGGUUAUGUUCUUGGUUUGGGUGAUCGACAUGCGGAGAACCUGAUGUUCGAUGCUACUAAUGGUGAUACUUUCCAUGUGGAUGUCAAUAUGUUAUUCGAUCAAGGUCAAGAACUUGCUGUACCUGAAACAGUUCCAUUUCGUCUGACUCGUAAUCUGAUUGAUGCGAUGGGGGUGACUAAAGAAGCUGGCCUUUUUAAGAAAUCAUGUAUGAUCACUUUAGAUGUCCUUCGUGAAAAUCGUACGCAACUCAUCAGUGUGUUUGAAACCUUUUUACAUGAUCCUAUUGGUGAUUGCCGUCGGAAAUAUAUUGGUUUACCUCAUGAGAAAGUAGCUCAAAGUGAAAUUGAAGCCAUUUCUACCAAGAUCCGAUCCCAGUUAUCUGUGCAAGCUGAGGUGGAAAAUUUGAUUCGUGAAGCUUCUUCUAACAAGAAUUUGGCACAAAUGUACUUUGGCUGGUCCGCUUUCAUUUGAUCAUGUAAUCUAUUCUACUCUAUAUUGUAUAUAUCUUUAUUAUUAUUAAUAUUUUUUUGUUAUUGUUUAUUCCAAAAU